AUGGGGGGUUUCCCCGUAGAAGGGGCGGUUAGACCACUCGCUCUUCUUCUGGCAUUUGUAUGCUUAUUACUCAGCACUUUAGUGCUCUUGCAGAAGGUCAUGCCUCGCGGAUUACCUAGGCGGUGUCUGCACGUGAUGGCGGGGGCAGGGAACCUAUGUCAUCUUGCAGUGCUCCCACAGACUAUCGGUGCAGCCUCGGUAUCAGCAGCGUUGCCAAUAGCAUUUGGGAUUUUACUCUACAUCUUUGCGAACACCUCAUGGCUCCGAUCUGUUUCAGUGGGCUUGAACAAGAAAAAUAUCAUCAAACAGCACGCCUUACUGGAAUAUGGGAUCUGGUCUGGAGUAACAAACUUCCUCUACACAAGGAACAGAAGCAUCGGGCGUGUGUGUGUCGUGGGCUUGAUUUGCCUCGUGUUUGGAGAUGGGCUGUCCUCAUUAGUUGCAUUCUUCCCCUCUGGGUGGCGGCGCUACCGAGCGCCUGACUCUGCAAAAACAGUUGUAGGUAUGCUUGUAGGAUGCGGCGGAGCAAUGCUUGGUCUUUAUCUAUCUCAAAGUUUUCUCGGUCUUAAUUUGGGCCUCAACGUGACACAGAUGAUCAUUAUCGCCGUCUCUGCCGGGAUCAUUGAGGCUCUGCGUAUAUCUGGCGAGUGGGAUAAUACAACUGUCUUCAUAGGGAUCUUUGUUCUGCGAUAUUACAUUAUCGCUGAUUCUUAUUAUAAGUUCUGUGUUAUUUGGGCUAUUAUCCUGAUGGGUGAGCUGUGUGUAGCCAGACAUUAUCUGACUGUUCACGGGGCUCGGGCUGGAAUCCUUGUGUUCUUUGCACAUGCGCUGGCCGGCUAUGAAUUCUUAACCCCUCUAUUUCUUUUUGUCAUCGGCAGCCUAUUUGCCUCUAAAGUUUUUAAGCACCGCAUCUCCACCUUCGUGGCUGAUGUAUUUAUCAGAAAUGCAUAUCAGGUUCUUUCCAACUCCUAUGUAGGGCUGGUUUGCUCCUUAAUAUCCCGCAUAUAUCCGAGACAACACCGUCAGACUUUUCUCUUUCUCACGUUCAUUAACUAUGCAGAAGCAUUUGCUGAUACCUUGGCAUCUGAGGUUGGCCUGGGCCUAGCGAAGCCUGAGUCCAGAGUCUUUGUCCUGGGAAGACUCAAGCUUGCACCUCCAGGCACAGACGGCGGCAUGUCUCUUUGUGGGACUGUUGCAUCUAUUAUUGGUGCGGGAGCCAUUGCAUAUCUUUGGUGCCUGCAGGGAGGAAGACCAUUUCCCGAAGCCGUCUAUAUCUUUUGUCUAGGGAUACAAGGAUCUCUUACAGAUUCUCUUCUAGGGUCACUCUUUCAAGAAAACCGUGUCUUACAAGAUGGAAGGCUGGGUAGGAAUGAGGGUAUCCGUGGCGCCGUUUCUCUGAGGCAGGGCAAACUGCGAUUAUCUAACACAGCUGUUAAUAUGCUGAGCGUAUUAUCAGCAUCGCUUUCUGGACUUCUUCUUGUCCUACGGGGCAAGGUUUUGUGA